UCAGUUGUAACCUGAUAUAAACAUUUUUAUAUAAACUCAGUUGUAACCUGAUAUAAACAAAUCCCAGCCGCUUAUCAGUACAAACUUUUAUGUAAACAACAUGCUAGUUGUAACCUGAUAUAAACAAAUACCAGUCGAUAACCGUUUAUCGGUAUGAGCAUUUAUGUAAUCUCAGUUGUAAUCUGAUAUAAACAAUUACUUAAAUCUUUCUAAGUAAAACUAUAUGCGAGCUGCAACCUGAUAUAAACAAUUAGACCCUGCGGCUAAGGGUAGGUAUAAACAAUUUUUAUCUAUGGGUUUUUCUGUCACUUAUCAGUAUAAACAUUUUUAAGUAAAAUAAUAUGCGAGUUGCAACCUGAUAUAAACAAUUAAAAAUUUCUAAGAAUAUUUAUUGCACGGAGCGCCGAAUCGUCGGCAGCUGAUAAAUUUAUUUGGUAGCUCUUGGAAGCUAAAAAAACAAAUAACGUUAACCAUAUCCGGUAGCUGCUUGUUAUAAACAAAUUUUUUAUCUCACGGAGCGCCGAACCGUCGGCACCUUAAAUUUCUAGAUAAUGAAUCGGCAGUGAACGUGUUAAAAAUUAGAUAUUUGUGGAGGGGAUAAAAAUUAGAUAUUUUGUAGAGGGGGAUAAAAAAAUGAGAUAUUUUGUGGAGGGGAUAAUGACAUAAAAAGAGCCCUCGACAACGUUAUUACAUCAGUCAGUUAGUGGAAUACGAACGGUAAAGCUUCAUCUACGUUACCGCAGCAGUUGAUUGGUGGAAGUCAGAUUGUAAAGUGUCUGAAGAAAGAACCGUACGAGAUGAACUAUUACGUUCCGAUCCAACAGAAUGAUGGGUGCGAUAAAUCAACAUUAUCGCAGCCACGCUAUACUCCUCGCAUCCUGGGAAGGCGAUUUGCUUUAACCGUCACUGCCUACAAAUAUUUGGAUAUCGGAGUCAGUGUGGGACUUGAACCUUUUGUGGAGAUGAUUCUUGGUGACAACAAAGGCAAUCAGAUACCGCUGUCACGUGACGUAUGGAUAAUAAUGAUCGAGAAACGCAUGGAUAUUGAGCGACUCCUGCAGUCAACCACUGUUACAUCGCUGUGGAUUGAUAAUCUUCUUAUAGAACUCGUCAAAUUACAUAACGGGAGUGUCGUAAAAUUUACAUUAAAUAACAAAGCCUUGUAUAUGAAACCUUUGACCGUGCAAUUUUUACUAAAUCUUGAAGAUGUCAUCAAUAAUGUAUACUUUAAAUUGUCGCGGGAUAUGUUUGUAGUGAAAGAAAAAUAUAAUCGAUUUGUAAACUGCUUGCAGCGAAAUAAUAUUAAUAAUAAGUGCGAUGCUGUAAAGCUAUUAGAUGAAAUAUGUGUAAAAACUUCGCUCGUAGACUGCGAACUAAUGGUUUAUGCAUCAGACAAUAUUGUAUAUGAUGCUUUGAAUAAUAAAUAAAUAUGUAUUUCUAUAAA